AAAACCACCAAUGUAUCCUCAAUCCCCCACUGCUCACUGCUUCUCGUUGUUUCUCAGGUAUCCGCUAGUUUCAUUCUUCACCAUUCAAUCUCGUAGUAAAGUGGACCUGGAAACCGUGAUGACUGGCCAGUGACUGUCAUGGCACUGAAAUUCAAUGGUCAGCUUCUUCUUCCUUCGUAUCCCAAAUUCCCAACGACUGAUCACUUGCCCAUCAAAGUCUCUGCUUGUCAUCCUCCAUUUUCAGACCAUAGACUGCUACAAUUACAUUCCCCCAACAAGGCAAAGAAGCCAUUUUUGUUAUCCAAAGUACUCUCACUAGCCAUCGCUAUAACCCUAUCAUCCUCCGAGUCUCCAUCACCUUCCUUGGCUAUCCCUGCUCUCAAUGGUUCCCAGACUUCUCAGUCUCCUUUACUCCCGACAACUACUCCAUUUUCUCAAGCCAAAAACUUGCCAAUUGGGCUCGAAAACGGAAAAAUCAGGCCUUGCCCCUCCAUAAAUCCAGGUUGUGUAUCAACUAACCCCAACUCCGCUUCCUUUGCAUUCCCAUGGGUGAUCCCUGAAAGUUCUUCACGAGAUGCCAUUAAGCAAUUAGAGGAUGCAAUUCUCAUGACACAGAAGAAUGUGAAGAUCCAAAGCGUUGAAGACACUCCAUAUGGUAAAUACCUGCAGGCUGAGGUUGAUGGAGGAUUUAGCCGCGAUGUCUUGGAAUUUUUAGUAAAAGGAGAAACAACUGUUACAUAUAGAGCUAUGGCCACAAAGGUGACUUAUGUUUACCCCUUCACUACAGCUUUUGGAGAUUCUAAAGGACAAGAAGAAAGAAUGAAGCAGAUUGUACAGCGGCUAGGGUGGUAUGCCCCAAAUCUUGAUUUUGAAGAUUAGAAUUCUACAGAGUGCAUACAUUAUUGAAUGACGGUUGAACCACAACGUAUAUAAAUUCUUUAAUUGGAACAUUCAGUUAAUAUAAGGAAGCACUCUUUUCUUUUUGGCUCUUUCA